UCCAUUGGCGGAGGCGGAGGUGGCGCUUAUGCGAUCGGUGGAGGGGGAGGAGGAGGUGGAGGAGGAUUAGGAGGAGGCGGUUUGGGAGCUCCAAUACCUGUCAGUGGAGGUGGCGUCUAUGCUGUCACUGGAGGAGGUGGCGGCGGUUACGCUCCAGUACCUGUUGAUGGUGGAGGUGGUGGAGGUGGCGUCUAUACGAUCAGAGGAGGAGGUGGUGGUGGAUAUCCUUAG